AUGCAUCUGCAUGAAAAAUUGAACCUCGUCAAUAGAUCAAAAAUAUGCAGUAACUGCUUCAGGAGCGAUCACUUUGUUCGAAAUUGCACUUCAAACUUUUCGUGUCGUCUUUGCCAAAAACGGCACCACACUUUGCUACAUCCUGGAUUCGAAACUCCCACAACCACCAAUCAAAACUUCCACCUAAAUCGGCAAGGGCCACAAUAUAAUCCACCAUCUGGUCGUUCGGAAUCCCAAGUUAGCAGAAAUCCCAACUCCAAUUCAACGGUUUCCGCGCACCCCGCUACCGUUCCACCUGGCGUUGACGUAAUGUUAUCCACGGCGGUCGUCAUUUUACUGGAUGCUUUUGGCAAACGACAUUUUGCGCGCGCACUUCUGGACUCCGGAUCUCAAUGCAAUCUCAUGAGUGAAAGGUUUUGUCAUCAACUUCGACUCCCAAGAACUCCCAUAGAUGUACCUAUUUUUGGUGUUGGUGAGUCACGAGUAGAAGCAGUUUGCUCUUCGACUACGAAACUACAAACUAGAUUGGGCGAUUUUGAGAUUCCACUGGACUGUUUGGUACUCCGUAACCUCACUGCUAACAUUCCUGCUGUGACAGCCAAGCUAUCAACCUGCACCAUCCCAAAGCAAAUUACGUUAGCAGAUCCGAACUUCAAUAUUUCCCACGAAGUGGAUUUGAUUUUGGGCGCAGAACAUUUCUUCGCAUUCCUGAAAGGUGGCCGGAUUCAAUUGGAAAAUUCAUCCUUGAUUCUAUUUGAAAGUAUUCUCGGAUGGUUAAUUUCUGGUAAAAAUUCCAAUCGCAAUACAAUACAAGCUAUUUCCUGCAAUAUUUCCUCGCUAGAGUCAAUUAAUCGCUCCGUGCAAAAAUUUUGGGCUAUUGAAGAAGUGGAUCCAGCGGUUCCAAUGCCAAAGGAUGAUUUUUGCGAAAACUUUUUCCAACAAACUGUCACUAGGGAUGACACAGGUCGAUACGUAGUUCAAUAUCCUAAGAAAGAAGGUUUUUGUUCCAUGAUAGGAGAAUCUUUUGGAAAUGCCCGUCGUCGAUUUCUUUCUAUGGAGAAGAAACUGUCCAAAAACCUUGAACUCCGAACCAAAUACCACGAAUUCAUGAAUGAAUAUUUGCGAAUGGGGCAUAUGAGACAAAUAAGCGAAGACGAACCUGAACCUCAGUGCACAUUUUACCUUCCUCAUCAUGCGGUACUAAAAGAGUCGAGCACAACAACAAAACUUCGUUGUGUUUUCGACGCAUCGGCAAAGACUAACUCUGGAUUUUCCCUUAAUGAUGCCCUGGUUGUUGGACCUGUUAUCCAGGACGAUCUCGUCUGCCUUUUGAUGAGAUUCCGCAAACAUAAGUUCGCUCUACUGGCCGAUAUCGAAAAAAUGUAUCGCCAGGUCAAUAUCCACGAAAACGAUCGGAACCUGCAGAGAAUACUUUGGCGGUUUGACUCGCGAGAACCUAUUUCCAAAUUCGAACUCACUACCAUCACCUACGGUUUGGCCCCUUCCUCAUUCCUUGCCACCCGAACCCUGCACCAGUUGGCUGCCGAUGAUGGUCACUCAUAUCCACGAGCUGCGGUGGCCCUGAAGGAAGAUAUGUACAUGGACGAUUUCAUCAGUGGCGGAGCAUCGAUAGCAGAAGCAGUGCAGCUACGCGAGGAGAUGGACGCACUAGCUUUGAAAGGGGGAUUCCCUCUACGUAAAUGGUGUUCAAAUGAAGCAGCCGUUCUGGUGGGAGUUGAAUUAGAAAAUUUGGCAUCACAAAUUCCACACACCUUCGAUCCUGAGGAGUCGAUAAAGACGUUAGGAAUGUCUUGGAUUCCAUCCACAGACCAGUUUCGUUUCGAAUUCAUCCCGAAUAUGCAUCAAGGACUAAUCACGAAAAGGGGUAUUCUUUCCUGCAUUGCUCGCUUGUACGACCCACUUGGCCUUAUUGCACCCAUUGUAGUACGAGCCAAGAUCCUGCUACAAAAUUUAUGGACAAUUAAUAUUGGUUGGGACGAUGAAGUACCAGAACAAAUUCAAUCAAGGUGGACUAAUUUUCUGAAAGAUUUGCCUAAUUUAGCUGUUUUCCGAAUCGAUCGUUAUGCUUUUCAAGAGGGAGAAAUUGAAUUGCAUUGCUUUGCGGAUGCGUCCGAAUCUGCAUUUGGUGCAUGCAUUUAUGCGAGAACUGUAAAUCCCUUGGGACAUGUGAAAGUUUUGCUUAUUGCAGCUAAGUCCAGAGUUGCCCCCUUGCAAAAACGAAGUUUGCCACAACUAGAGCUCUGCGCAGCACAAAUUGCUGUUCAGUUGCACUCCAAAGUCCACUCAGCUUUAAAAAUCAAUAUCACCGAUUCCUAUUUUUGGUCCGACUCCACCGUGGUCUUAUAUUGGAUCCGAUCCCCUUCACAUAAAUGGAAAACAUUCGUUGCCAAUAGGGUGGCCGAUAUCCAAAAACAAUCCAACCCAUCGAACUGGAAUCAUGUUCCCGGGCACUGCAAUCCUGCCGACCUAGUGUCUCGGGGGACAUCUGUAAACCAACUACUGAACAGCAGCUUAUGGUGUAAUGGUCCUGAAUGGCUACAGCGAGAGAAGGAGAGUUGGCCCCCACAGAUAAUCACCCAGCCAGACGUUCCGGAGAGUGAGUUGGAGUUCAAGAUUUCCGCUAUUGUUGCCCAACCAUCACCACCACCCAACCCAAUCAUUACCCGCUUCUCUAGAUAUGACCGAAUGUUGAGAUCCAUAACCUAUUGCUUGCGUUUUGCCAGAAACACUUGGGAGAAAAUGUUAUCACCAUCGUCUCAAUUAUCAGUUGAGGAGAUUGAGCUUUCGAAAUCGGUUUUGAUAAAGAUUGUUCAAAGGGAAAGUUACGAAGAAGAAAUAAAAGCACUCAAGAGAAAGAACUCCGUGGGAAAGCGCUCUAAACUUAAGCUUCUGAACCCGUUUCUCGACUCCGAUGGAAUUAUUCGUGUUGGUGGCCGGCUGCAACUCCUGAGUGGUCAGUACUCCGCCAAACACCCAAUUGUCUUGCCUGGAUUCCACCACUUUACCAGAUUGCUCCUGAUAAAUUAUCACGAGAGGUUGUUGCAUGGAGGAAACUCCCUCACCCUUGCCACCGUCCGCGACGAAUUUUGGCCCGUAAAUGGGAAAAGAGCCGUGAGAAGCAUCAUUCGCUCUUAUUAUCGCUGUACUCGAACCAAUCCACACCCCAUGAGCCAACCCACUGGGCAAUUGCCCCUAGCCCGAAUUACUCCAAGUCGCCCAUUUCUGCACACCGGCAUAGAUUAUUGUGGGCCUGUUUUUGUAAAGUAUCCCAAUCGCAGAGCUAGCCCAAUCAAAGCCUACAUAGCCAUAUUCGUGUGUUUUUCGACCAAAGCAGUUCACAUCGAACUGGUCGGUGACCUUACCACUGCUUCUUUCCUUUCCGCACUUCGCCGCUUCGUCUCUCGACGAGGGCGGCCUCUCCACAUCUAUUCCGACAAUGCCACCAAUUUCUCGGGAGCCAAGAAUGAGCUCAAUGCCCUCUUCGACAUGCUUCACAAUGGUAUCGAAGCAAAACAAAUAGCCUCCAGUCUCGCAUCAGAACGCAUCCAGUGGCACAUGAUUCCGCCGCGCGCUCCCAACUUCGGAGGAUUGUGGGAGGCUGCGGUUAAGGUUGCCAAACGCCAUCUUAUCCGUCAAGUUGGAACUACGACGCUUUUCUUCGAAGAUUUGGUGACCAUCCUGACGCAGAUUGAAAGCUGCAUGAAUUCCCGCCCGCUCUGCCAAAUGUCCGAGGAUCCAAACGACUACGAGGUGUUAACUCCAGGUCACUUCUUGACUGGAACAUCGCUUCAAGCCCUGCCGGAUUUGAAUUGGUCAGACGUUCCCACAAACCGUCUCAACCGAUUCCAAUUAAUCGCCCAAAGGACGCAGCAGUUUUGGUACCGAUGGAAGACUGAAUACCUUCGAGAUUUGCAUCGAUUGAUCGUCGCUGACCCUGUGCGUGUUGAGCUACGUGUCGGCCAAAUAGUCAUUCUACGAGAUCAACAGUUACCCCCGAUUCGUUGGCCACUAGCUCGCAUCGAAAUGCUCCAUCCCGGCGAGGAUGGAAUAACCCGAGUAGUUACUUUGCGCACAUCAACUGGAAGCUUCAAGCGGAGUAUCAGCAUGAUUUGUCCGUUGCCGAACGAGGAAUUCUACCCUGAUGCAGCCCACGAUGACAACGAGGUGAUUCCCGAUCCAGCGAAGAAUGAAGAAAUCGAAGAAAAUGUUAAAAUUAAGUGA